UCGCCCGCCGCUCCGCUGCGGCCCCCCGCACCGCAGCGCGGCUGCCUAGGCGGAGCCGCCGCGGCCCCUCGCCGCGAAGCCCAGGGACGAGCCGGACCCCGACGACGGCAGGCAGAGGGUCGUCAUCUUCUUCGGGACGCAGACCGGCACCACCGAGGGCUUCGCCAAGGCGCUCACGGAAGAGGCCAAGGCGAGGUACGACAGGGCCGUCUUCAAGGGGGUCGAUCUGAUGUCGAGGUCUGAGAGGCUUUAGCGGUGGCGGGAGGAAGAGGAGGAAUCCGAUGAAGAUGAUGUCGUCUUUCUUGGUGCUAUGCUUGCGGCAUUGAAGAGGAAGAAGAACAAGAAAAAGUUUCGCAGAUCUUUGCCGGGCCGCCACAACGUGCCACAAGAUAUCCUAGGCGGUCACGAGCAGAUUUACUGGGAUUGCUCCACUGACAAGCCUGUUUACAACGAAAAGCAUUUCAGGAGGUAUCGGAUGUCAAGGGCACUUUUCUUGAGGAUAGUAGCUGCAGUCGAGGCUCACGACGAGUAUUUCCGCCAGAAGGCUGAUGCAGUGGGUCGUCUGGGUGCAUCUGCUAUUCAGAAGGUUGUUGCACCCUUUCGGAUGCUUGCACACGGUGUGUCAGCUGAUUUCUUGGAUGAUUCAGUCAGAAUGGGUGAAAGCACCAUAAUUGAGUCUUUCAAGCAUUUUGUGAAAGCUGUUGUUAACAUCUUCAGUGAAGAAUACCUGAGGGCCCCCAAUGCCCAAGACACAGCCAGAUUGCUAGCCAUUAACAAGGAGAGAGGAUUCCCAAGGAUGCUUGGAUCCAUAGACUGCAUGCAUUGGAGGUGGGAAAAGUGCCCGAUUGCUUGGCAAGGUGUUUACACAGGCCAUAAGAAUGGGCCAACUUUGAUCUUGGAAGCUGUUGCAUCACAAGAUCUUUGGAUUUGGCAUGCCUUCUUUGGACUUCCUGGUUCAUUCAAUGACAUCAACGUGCUACGUCGGUCGCCACUAUUCGACAGAGUGGUUUCUGGGACAACUCCACAAGUGGAAUAUAUGGUAAACGGAAACAAGUACACCAUGGGGUAUUACCUUGCUGACGGGAUAUACUCCGCAUGGGCACCACUUGUGAAAGCUUUUCGCAACCUGCAAGGUAACAAGAAGGUGCAUUUCACAACAAUGCAAGAAUCUUACAGGAAGGACGUAGAACGAGCCUUCGGGGUACUACAAUCACGAUUCGCCAUGAUUCGAGGCCCUGCUAGAUGGUGGAGCAAAGAUGAUCUCUGGUACAUAAUGAUGUAUUGUGUUAUCUUACACAACAUGAUAAUAGAGGAUGAGCGAGAAGAGGAUGAGGACUUUAACUACUACCAGGAGCCGGGCGGCCUCCCAGAGUUGGCACACGAGGACUACCAAACACGUGAUCCAGUUCUGGUACAUGAGUUCCUCAAGAACCAUAAAGCAAUCGAGGAUAAAUCAGCGCACGAGCAACUACGAAACGAUCUCGUGGAGCAUCUUUGGGCGAUCCAUAGUUCUAGGUAGUUCUAGGUUGAAUUUGAUCAAGUCUGAAACUCUGAAACAGUUUUGAAAGUCUGAAACUGAAUGUUCUUAGUCUGAAUUAGAGGCAAAAUUAAAGGAUAUGGCUGUGAGAGAACUUGUAUCAUUUACAUACUGUUGCAGUGAAAUAAUUUGUUUCAGGCAGUGUA